CGGCGGCCCACUCCUGGAGUCCCGGCGUCCGACGCAACCCUUGCGGCAGAGAGGUCUUUGCUCCGACACCUUGACUCCCCUAAACCCAUCCUGUGCCCGCCGUCGCCGCGGCCUUCGACCUCCUCCCCACCACACCGCAUCCGAAUCCCGCGCGCCUCCCCUGCCAUGGCCACCUCCAGCGACGGCGGCGGCGGCGACCAGCGACGCCUACUCUCCAUACCCAAGGAGGGCGAGCGCAUCAUCGCGCCGACUCGACGCCCCGACGGCACGCUCCGCAAGGCCAUCCGCAUCCGCGCCGGCUAUGUGCCCCAGGAGGAGGUCGCCAUCUACCAGUCCAAGGGCGCCCUAAUGAGGAAGUCAGGGCCCGACGUGCCGCCGGGGUACGACCCGGCGCUCGCGGUCGAUGCCAAGCCCAAGACGAAGGCGGCCAAGCGGAACGAGCGACGCAAGGAGAAACGGCAGCAGCAGGCUAGUUCGACAAAUGAUAAAGGAAAGGGCCUGGAUAUAGAGGACGCUGGUGCUGCAGAAAUUGACAAGGUUCUUUCUUCCAAAGCUGAUAAGCAGAGGGAUUCAGUGGAAAGUGUAACAAAGCAAAUAAGAGGCAUUGCUAUUUCUGAAUCAUCUGCAGCACCAUCCACAAAUGCCAAUGAUAGCUCACAACCAGAAUCAUCUGCUCCAGACAUAGAUAAGAAAAUUCGAGCACUGAAGAAGAAGAUACGUUUAGCUGAAGCGCAGCUGCAAGGUGACCCCAAAAAAUUGAAAUCUGAGACUCAGGAAAAGUUGAAAAAGAUUGAAGGGUGGCGUGCGGAGCUGAAGCUUUUGGAGGACAAGAAAGCUCCCACGGGUUCCUAGACAGAGUCGGGUUCAGCUGUUGUGAUGUAGAGUAGAGCCAUGGCUACCAAGCGAUCACCAUGGUGUUGUGCACUUGUGCUGAUCCAAGGUCCAAUCAAUCACCAUAGGCUUCUCCGUUACCUGUGGGUUGCUGAAAAGGCAGUCGCAGUAGAUGUGGGUUCGCGCAGAACGAUGGGAGAGUUCCUCACCGCACAUUUUUGUUGUCUCAUGUUCGCCGAGUUACAAGAUGAUCCAUUUGUCGAGACUACACACUGAGAUGAUUCAGGCCGUGUUUAGAUGGAACGCAAAAAAAUUUUUGCGAUGAAAUCUUGCUAAUUUGAAGUACUAAAUGAAGUCUAUUUACAAAAUUUUUUGCA